UUCAAGACGUUCACGAUGGCUUCUUUCUGCGGUGUACUGAUUGUGGAGAAAACUUUCGAUCCGAAAAGCUUAAGAAUGAUCAUACUUUUCGUCAUUGUAGUAAGGCUAGGGAUAAAAGGGUAGCUGCGGGCUGUAAUGCCCUGGAAGAGAAACCAGUUACUAUUGAAGUUCAAAAUAUGACUUCUGAUACUGUACAGUUGAAACUAUCGCGGGGAGAGCAGAGCAGUAAUACAAAUGAAGAACUUAUCGAUCCAUUGAGGGAGCUGUUGAGUCGCAAGAGUUCUAGUGGACUUAGCCUGAAAGGCAGGAGUGACUCAAAAAAGGCGACAGAUAAUCUUUCGAUUGAAGCAUCCUGUUCCAAAUGUUCCCACUGUGGAAAAGAAGAGUCCAGUUUCGUUACUCUAGCUCGUCACAUUCUAAUCCACCAUGAACCAGCCGCAUGUGAUCUCUGUGGAAUUACUUUUCCCAAUCUUUACCAGGCUCAGCACCAUAAGAAAAUGAAGCACAAGAAAUGGAAGCUCAAAUGUUCACAUUGUUCGAUGUAUACGUCCGGAAGAGUGCGCUUGCAAAGACAUUUAUCCAAAUGUGAAAAAAAUAUAGUUCCCUGUGAGUUUUGUGGUAAAAUGUAUGAAAAUGUAGAAAAUGUCAAAAGGCAUCAGAGAAACGGUUGCCGUGCAUAUGAAAGGAGCAAGGAGCAAAACCCAAAGAAUGCCGAGACAGCGCUUCUUGUUGAAAGCGGUUUAUGCAAAAAAAUAUGUUACUACUGUAACGAAGAGUUUUCCAGUCCAGGGCAUUUGAUUCAUCACUUACAAAUUUGCCAUGAGCUGACCAAAUGUGAUAUCUGUGGAAUAACUAUUCUUGGUGUAUCAGCUAUCAAAAAUCACAAGAUAAAAUUCCACACAGAACCGAAAUACGAGUGUCCAACUUGUGGGACUAAAUUUCAUCGUAAAAAGGAUUAUGAUGUACAUUGUUUGAUGUGUGAGCGUAGGAUGUAUUCAUGUAAAUUAUGUGGACGUACGUACACACAUUUUUACACAGCCAUGCGGCAUAACAAGCACUUUCAUCCAGAUGAAAGCAGCUUGGAAAAUCUACAGAUCGUCGAAGCUCAAAAACAAGUCCAGAACAACGAUCGGCAAAUGGAAGUCACCGCAGAGGAAACUACGAAAACAGCAGAACCGGAAUUGCAUCAGUGCAUUCUGUGCAAUGACCAACAUGUUUAUUCAGAGUGUUCCUACUGGAAGCACGUCCAUGAUGUACACGAUGGCUUCUUUCUGCGGUGUUCUGAUUGUGGGGAAAACUUCCGAUCCGAAAAGCUUAAGAUUGAUCAUACCUUUAGUAAUUGCAAUGCCAGGAAUCAAACGGUACCUGCGGACUUUAAUGCCCUGGAAGAUGAACAGGUUCCUGUUGAAGUUGAUAAGGAAGCCGAGUUGCCUACUAUUAAUUUGGAUAAAAGCAAGGAUUUGAUAUCACGAUCUGUUUGUGAUAUUUGCGGGAAAACAUUUUCUGUUAAAGGUUUUCUUCUUCGUCAUAAGAGGAUGAAACACACAAAACCAAAGUACGAGUGUGCUAAUUGUUCGAAGAAAUUUCACUGCAUAAAACUUUGUACGAGUCAUUCAAAGGUUUGUGAUCCAGUUCAGAGUGACUUCUCGAGUAGCAAAAGUUCCGGCGAAAUUAUUCUGAAAGACGGGAGUGACGCAAAAGUGGCGACAGAGAACUGUGGAAUUGAAGAGCCCAGUGCUGUCACCCUGGUUCGUACAACUCUAAACCACCAGAAGUCAGGCACAUGUGAUAUCUGUGGAAUUACUUUACCCAGUCGGUCUCAGGCUCAGCACCAUAAGCUAACCUGUCCAAGGCAGGCCAAACAGCGCGAUGAUUCUCAGUUCGGUGCAAAGGAAAUUCCUCUGCCCAAUGAUGCGAUUCCAGGUGAUUCCACGAUUGUACCGCUACUCAAACUGGAAAUUAAAGUAGAGCAUACAAUGCUGCAGGAACAGGAAUACCAAGUUCCAAAUGAUGAUUCAGGGAGAUCAUUCGCUAAAACAUUGGACGUCGAGCAUCUUGAGAAUGGAAUCAAAGUCAAAGAGGAAUACAUAGAAGAAAAAGAGGAAAUCCUAACUGAACAUCAGAGCCCAACGAAAGCUGUGGAAUGUCAUGAAGUUCCUAGCGACCCAAACGAGUCCCUUGUGCGUCAUGAAGUCAUGGAUGUCGUCCAUUCAAAGGUAGUCAAGAGAAAACCUCAUUCAAAACGUAAAAAGCUAUCUUCGGAUUGCGCCGAUCCUCGAAGAUCAAAAAGGGUGAAUGCCGGAAAAUGAAUUGGUUGGAAAACACAAUCGCCAUCGCCAAUGUUUUCCAAAUGCAUUUCAUGCUAAAUGCUUAUCUAAUUGCAUAAAUGCUCAUCCUCGGGUUAAUCAGGUUAUCUUGCCAUUUUAAAAUGUACAAAAUUUGACGAAUAAGUAUGUUAACAACGACCUUGGAAACAACAGUUCGGCUCAAUGCAGGAUGAAAGUUAGGUAAG